AUGAGCGAUCGCGGUCAGAGAAGAGGACGACGUCGACUAGAACAUCAAGAAGGUGUAGCUUUAGCUACUGAACAUAGACAGCUACAGCAACAACAAAUAAAACAUCACAGAGAUGAGCAACAACAACAACAUCCAGCGCAACGUGAUAAACGACGACAACCACAACAAGGUCAACAGCUGCAAACGUGCAAAUAUUGCAAACAACAACAGCAGAAAGAACAACGCGAGGAGAGAUCGCCUCGUUAUGAACAACGUGAGGAGAGAUUGCCUCUUUAUGAUCAACGUGAUGAGAGAUUGUCUUGUUAUGAUCAACGAGAUGAGAGAUUGUCUUGUUAUGAUCAACGUGAUGAGAGAUUGUCUUGUUAUGAUAAACGUGAGGAGAGAUUGUCUUGUUAUGAUAAACGUGAGGAGAGAUUGUCUCGUUAUGAUCAACGUGAGGAGAGAUUGCCUCGUUAUGAUCAACGUGAGGAGAGAUUGUCUCGUUAUGAUCAACGUGAGGAGAGAUUGUCUCGUUAUGAUCAACGUGAGGAGAGAUUGCCGCGUUAUGAUCAACAUGAGGAGAGAUUGUCUCGUUAUGAUCAACGUGAGGAGAGAUUGCCUCGUUAUGAUCAACGUGAGGAGAGAUUGCCUCGUUAUGAUCAACGUGAGGAGAGAUUGUCUCGUUAUGAUCAACGUGAGGAGAGAUUGUCUCGUUAUGAUCAACGUGAGGAGAGAUUGUCUCGUUAUGAUCAACGUGAGGAGAGAUGUCCUCGUUAUGAUCAACGUGAGGAGAGAUUGUCUCGUUAUGAUCAACGUGAUGAGAGAUUGUCUUGUUAUGAUCAACGUGAUGAGAGAUUGUCUCGUUAUGAUCAACGUGAGGAGAGAUUGUCUCGUUAUGAUCAACGUGAUGAGAUAUUGUCUCGUUAUGAACAACGUGAGGAGAGAUUGCCUCGUUAUGAUCAACGUGAGGAGAGAUUGUCUCGUUAUGAUCAACGUGAGGAGAGAUUGCCGCGUUAUGAUCAACACGAGGAGAGAUUGUCUCGUUAUGAUGGUGCAGCUUUUAGUAGAUCACAGGAAAAACCUUCUACACCACAAAACCUCCCGAAGACCCAACCAUCAACUCAACCAUCUAGCCCACCACAACCAGCACCCUCUGAAGCUUUAACACCACAAGUCCAAAUUUCCCAGGGAGCAGUUAAACCUGACAGACCCAGUCAAAUAAAAACUGUUCCUCCCAAGUCCAGUAAAGGUGUGCUUAAGCCACCACGUCGACCAGAUGCAGGAGGAUAUUCAUCAUUAUCAUUCUGA